AUGCAAGUCGGUUCAGAUUAUAAAGGAAAAUCAAGUAUGGUCGAUGAUGAUGGAAAAAGAUUUGUCGGAACCGAUAAAUGGAUGGUUUCUGUGGUCAUUGAACAAGGACGAAUAAUAUCGAAAUUCGACUACAAAAUGACGGCGUAUGAUCCACAAACGUUCAGAGCAUUCUUCGAACCCGUCAAAGAAACGAAACCGAUGCGAUUAUACGCUUCUCCUUCAAAGCGUCAAAGACCUCAAAUAUUAUCAAUCACAUUACUUGAAUUUAAUCAAGGUCGUAUCACCGCCGAAGAACAAAUUUCGUUGCAUCCUCUUUCGUUCUCUGUUAAUGAACCUGGAACUUUCUGUUUGUUCCGUGACCGAUCAUUUUGGCAUAUGUACGUCCAAGUCGGUAUGGAAGAUCAUGCUUACGAAUUUAAUAAAAGGAGAGACCCCCAAAGAUGGGUGACACCCUUAGGUUUUGAAGUUGAAGUUGACAUGGAUCUUUCAGAAAAGAAAAGUUCGGAUUUUGUUGAAACUUAUCAUGAAGAUAAAAGUUAUGAUAAAUCCGAAAAGAAUGAAGCUGAUGUCAAUGAAAAAUCAAGCCGAGAUAUUCUUACACCACCUCCUAUGGUUCGUUCGACUUCUUCUUUUCCGUUCCAUAACCGCACUUUCACCGAUUGGUGUGUAAACAAGCCGCCAAAAUGGAAAAGAAAAUUAAAGCAAGUCGCUAAUAACGUUCGACAUGCAUUCAACCGAACAAGACUCUAA